AUCUGCUGGCGGUACGGCGGCCGCGAGGGCACAUAAACAGUCAAUCUCCGGAGCGGCCUAGCGCGACUCAACCGAGCCUUGGAGCAGAGUGCCAGGAGGAACCGGGGACUGAGCGAACAUGAGUGCCUGGAGGGAAGGGGAGCUGUGUGACUCCCUGCUGACAUGGAUGCAGACAUUUCAAGUCUCUGGUCCCUGCAGCUCAUAUGAGGACCUGACUGGGGGCGUUGCGAUUUCUCAGGUUCUCCAUGUCAUAGACUCGACCUGGUUUAAUGAUGCCUGGCUCAUGAGGAUCAAGAAGGACACUGGGGAGAACUGGAGACUAAAGGUCAGUAAUCUCAAGAGAAUCUUACAGAGUGUGCUGGAAUACUAUCAGGAUGUACUGGGACAUCCUGUUUCCGAAGAUCAUAUCCCUGAUGUUGGCCUUAUAGGCGAAUUCUCAAAUGUUGCUGAACUGCGCAAAAUGGUGCAGCUGGUGCUAGGCUGUGCUAUCAGCUGUGAUAAGAAGGAAGAACACAUCCAGCAGAUAAUGACUUUGGGAGAGUCUGUCCAGCAGGCAGUCAUGGAAUCCAUACAGGAGCUUCUGAGCAAGGAUCCUCCUGACACAGUUACUGGUGACACUUAUGUCAACUAUGACAGCCAGUCCCGUAAAUACUACUUUAUCAGUGAAGACACGGAUGAAAAAAAUGAGAUAUUGCAGCGGUGCCAUGACCUUGAACAGCAGGUCUCUCUGCUCCUGGAAGAGAAGAAAGGUCUGGUGACUGAAAACCGAGCCUUGCGAGAUCAACAGGACCACUCUGAGGGAGGCAUGGGCACCUCCAAUAUGUUCAACAAGAAGAUGCUCCUGUUACAAACUCAGAUCGAGCAGCUGCAGGAGGAGAACUACAGACUAGAGAGCGCAAGGGAUGACUACCGACAGCGGUGUGACGAGCUGGACAGGGAGGUGCAGGAAUUACAUCAACGUAACCUAGAUCUGACUGGUCUGGCACACGAGGCCCAAGCACUGAGGGAUGAGAUGGAUGUCCUGAGACACUCCUCAGACAGAGUAGGCAAAUUAGAGACCCUGGUGGAGUCAUACAAGAAAAAACUGGAAGAUUUGGGAGACCUGAGGCGACAAGUGAAGCUCCUCGAGGAACGGAAUACCGUCUACAUGCAGCGGACAUGCCAGCUUGAGGAUGAGCUUCACAAAGCACAUGCAUCCCGAGCCCAGGUGGAGACCCUCAAUCGGCAGAACCAAGAAUUGCAGAAGAAGCACUCGGCUGAAUCUAUGAGAGCCGAGAAGUGGCAGUUCGAGUUCAUGACUCUGAGAGAAAAGUUUGAGGCUUUGCAGAAAGAGCGAGAGCGGCUUCUCAUAGAGCGUGAUUCUUUGCGAGAGACCAAUGAUGAAUUACGCUGCUCCCACCUACAGCAGUCAUGUCUGGUGCAGUCAGAUGCCAUGCUCUCUGGACCCUCUCCUCCGUUGGAGAAUUUGGCGGCUGAGAUCCUGCCUGCAGAACUCAAGGAGUCCGUAGUCCGUUUGCAACAGGAGAACAAGAUGUUGUGUGUCCAGGAGGCCACUUAUCAGGAACGCUUGUGUGAGCUAGAGAACCUGCUGGAAGAAUCAAACCGCAGCAAGAACCGACUUGAAAGUGAAAACCGACUGAAUCAGCAGCAGAUCCUGGAGCUCCGGGCCCUGAUUGAAGAGCUCCAGAGACGGCUCCAGGAGCACGGAAAUCGAGAAGAAGAUUCAUCAAUACUAAAAAGGAAGCUGGACGAACACCUCGAGAUGCUACACGAAGCUCACUCGGAACUCCAGAAAAAAAGGGAAUAUAUUGAAACAUUGGAGCCUAAAGCUGAUUUGAACAUGUCUCGUAAGGUGGAUGAGCUGCAGCAGAUCUUACGCCAGAAGGAGGAAGAUAUGAGAGUGAUGGAGGAGAGAUACAAGCGCUAUGUAGAUAAAGCUAGAACGGUUAUUAAGACUCUGGACCCCAAACAGCAAAAUUAUAUCCCACCAGAGAUCCAAGCUUUGAAAAACCAGCUUCAUGAAAAGGACACUAGAAUCCGCCACCUCGAGAAGGACUUUGAAAAGACAAAAUCUCAACGGGACCAAGAGGAGAAGCUGAUCAUUAGCGCUUGGUACAACAUGGGGAUGAGCCUACAGCAAAAAGUGGUGGACGAGAGGACCAGCGCUCCCAGUGGUCCCCAGUCUUUCCUGGCACAACAGCGAUUGACUACUAAUGCUCGGCGUGGACUCAUCUCUCGUUCUCACUCCCAUCUCCCCAGAUACAUCAACUCAGACAAGCAGUUAAACCUGUCCUGACCCAAGCACCACCAGCGCGCCGGAGAGCUGGCCAGGGAGAUCUAGAAGCAGUUUGUGAAACUGGGCUGCUUUUUUGACACAAAGAAGGGCGAUGGGAAUUUGGUGUCAUAUAAGCUAUAUCAUGCUAUUAACAAGGCAGUCUCACCGGAGAGCUAAGUGACCUGAUGAAGAAACUAGACAGUCAUUAUCGAUAUACACGCCUUAUCUUCAUCUGGUCACAUCCCUAGUGGGGCUGUCUACAAAAUGUACUUACCCUUAAAUGGGGUCUCUGCCUUUAAAUAGUGCUGCCUCUUUCACCUUUUUGUAAAAAUCCUCUCACCCUUCCCCGAACACUCCUUCACCUUUUCUAUGUAGACCAGAUAGGGCCAACAGGUAUAUCUCUGCCGUUUGGAGAAUGCACACUCGUGAUGCUUCAGCCAGUCAGCAUUGUGAAGUUCCCCGACCACUGAAAACAUACCUGCUUGGCACUCUGAUCUAUAGACAAUCGGUAGUCUUAUGUCACGUAAUGUCAUCUCCCCUUUGUUAAAGAAAUAUUUUAUUUUAUAUUCACCAGUCUGGUCCUAAAACGAACGUUACCCUCACCGUCCAUCCCUAGAUAAUGGAUACAUACAGUUCCAUUUACAUUUUGAAUGUUUCAGACAAAUUCUACUUUUUUUUUUUUUUUUUUUAGUUCAAAGUAUUUUUAAUGUAGUUAUUUUUUACUUUUAUUACCUGCACUACAUACUCACAGUUUACUGUUAUGAGUUCUCCGAUAUGAUAUGCCAUUUGUUAAUUUAACCCUGAAAAGAAUGCUGCAGGGAGCAAAUCCGACCCAAUAUCCAAAUCAAUCGAUUGAUAAUUACAAUCAUUUCCUUUUCCUGUCUAAUAAUAAUAUUAGAAACUAGCUAAUAAUCCCUGUUGUUAGUUAGGAGCACACCAAAGAUUUUUCCCAGAGCCUACAUCACCUCUCCCCUUUUAUCGUCCGAAGACUGAGCAGUCUCUGUGACAAUGGAAAAUGUUUUUAUGUACAUUAUGUCCUGUAAUUUAUUAGCCUUCCGUCUCUCUCCUUGUCCGGAAUAUUUUAUUGUUGUUUUUAACUCCUUAGCUUUGUAGUGUGGAGAAGAGUCGGGUAGCAAUUAAAGAUGAUCCACUUCUUCACAGGACAGUAGGGGGGGGGGAGAUAUUACUGCCAUGCAUCAUCACCCAUAAUUCUUUGUUCUAUAAUUUUUUUUUUGUGAGUAGCUAGUAGAGUAACAGAGAAUUCUCUCUGCAUUAUGGUCCUAUAACAACCGCCUUGAUGCAAGAGAUAAAAGCACUUCCCUGUUACUUUAAAUAGUGUGCAUUGCCCUCUCCUCCAUAUCUCUCUUCUUUUAACCCUCUUAGUGUGUUUUUUCGUUUUAUUUUUUUAUAAUAUCUUAGGACUCUACCCAUCUGCGAACACAUCCUUUGCUUCAAAUUUUUAUCGAGGCCUUCCGUCGUAUAUUCAGUUCUGUAAAAUCUGCCCAGGUCACCCUUGUCUUGUGUGUAAACAGUACCGUUUUUACAGUGAAGUGGCUUGUAUCAUGCAUCUUUUUGGGAGACUGGAGAACCGUUUUGGAUUUCGUUUUUAACUUCGUCAUAGUAUUCCUGGGUGCCCAUUCUUGGCUUCUCAUGCCGCUGUUUGGUUUCCCAGAAUUUUCUGGCAGAGCAUUCUGGGAAUUGUUGUCCGGUGGCAGGCCAAUGUUGGGUAAAGCUGAUCUCACAAUGAGCCAUUCUUAUGAACUGCUGCACAAUAUUGUUUUAUUACAACAUUCUGUGAGAAAUCUCUAUGUAAAUACAAUCUCAUGGUACUAGUGAAAUAUUGAUGGUAUCUGCACGACUUUGGUCACAACCCUGUAUGUUUUGGGUCUGCACAUCUUUGGUAUUAUGGGGAACAGAAAGAGAGAAGACUAUACCCGUUCUAGCUGCUAUUAAUCCUCCAUCUUUAAUGUUACAGGUUAUACUCUUGUCUACUUUUAUACACUACACUACAAAAUAAAGUUUUACUUCUCUUUUUAAA